UUGGUUGUCGAGUAUAUAAAAUAGUCGCGAUGAGGGGGUGAGUGGGUGGUGAAUAGGAAAAGAGGAGAGUGUUACACACUGGCUGUUCUUCUCAGUGUGCAGCUUCCCCUCUUUAAUUUUUUUCUGCAAAUCGAUAUAUCCUUGCCAACAAAAAAUUCCAUUCAAAUGAAUGAUCAAGGAGAUAUUUCAUGUUGAAUUAUCAAAAUUAGUAUGAUAAUUAAAAUAUGGAAGGACCUGGUACAAUAACAUGGGAAGAAUUUUUAAAUGAUGCUGAAAAAUUUUUACAAGUUUCGAAUAAUAUUUCAGACUGUUGGGAGAUACGAGGUGACAAGAAAGAACCUGGUCAAGCAUAUUUAUUUCAUGAAGAAAAAAUAUUUAUAUCAUCUGAUAAAGUAUCAAUGUUAAAUUCAAAAACAGAUGAAAUUUAUAAAAAUUAUGAAAAUGUCAUUGAUCCAUUUGAGGCACCAAGUUGCAAUGAUUCACCAUUGAUUAUUCAACAUCAUAUACUGUGGUCAUUGAGUUACAGUGUACCAGUUUUAUAUUUUAAUGGCUGGUUAUCUGAUUUUACAGGAGUUAAUUCAGUCAAUGUCGAAUCAGCACAAAAACUUAUACAUCAUGGUUGCCUUGGUUACAGUGAACUUUCACAAACAAUUCAUCCAAUUCUAGGUAAAACAUUUCUCUAUUUGCAUCCCUGUAUGUCAAAGGAACUACUUCAAAUAACACCAAAAAGUGAAAAUAAAUUGAUCAGUUGGUUAAGUGCAUUUGCACCAGCAGCAUUAAAUUUAAAAUUAAAAAAUGAAUAUUUUGAACUUACACGAGGAAAUCAAGUCAAAGACAAAUUCAAAAAGCCAACUUGAUGGUCAAUAAUUUAAUUAUCAAUAUUUAAUUAUUUAUCUUGAU